CAUCCAAGGUCCACUUCAGAAGAGAAGCUAAAGUAUUAUACCCACAGCGGAAAGAGGAGAGAGAAACAAGAGAGAAAAGAUGGGGGGAGGAAUGGAGACAAACAAAAACAGAUUCAUCGAAGAUUGGAGCUCUGCGAGAGAGAAUCUGGAGCACAAUUUCCGCUGGACUCGCCGCAACUUGGCUCUCGUCGGCAUUUUCGGCAUCGCUAUCCCCGUCCUUGUCUACAAGGGCAUUGUUCGAGAAUUUCAUAUGCAGGAUGAAGAUAAUGGUAGGCCAUACAGGAAGUUCCUGUGAGUGCUUCUAUGCUUGAUAAUAAAGGUUGAUGCGUGAAACUGGGUUUUAUCUUGGACAACAAAUUGUGUUAUAUACUCGGUUUCGAAACUCGAAUUGUUAAUCAUGAUCAGUAUCAUGUAUUGCACCUUUUAAGUUUCUGGUGUGCUAUUUUAAUCGACUAUUUCAAUA